AAAUAUAAUAUAUAAAAAGGGAAAAAAAGAAGAAAAAAGAAGGUCGUGAGCAAAGCGGUGAUUACACUCGGUUUGUGAGCUGCGUGUCCGUACCGACUCCGGAAACCCCAAUGUCAAUUCACGAGUGUACUUUGAGAGUAUAAAUUUAGUUAGUUAAAGAUUGUUUGCUCCAGUACUUGCCAUAAUUUGCCAUCUUCUCAAGGUCAAAAGUUGGCCAGGGGAGAUGUCUGGGAAAGCAUCAAGUUCACAGUCUAGUGUUGGUUUGAGUGGACCUGGUGGCCUGUCACAUGUUUAUAUCCAAUAUCCACCCCUACAAUGCGACAUUUCUGGAUCAAGGGGGUUAUUCUAUGAUGAUGGAAAUAAGUUACUACUCUCCCCAACACUCGAUCAGGUCUUCUCGUGGAAAACUAUGCCAUUUUCUCCUCUUGUUGCCCCUACCUCUGAUACGAUAAGUGAGGGGCCCAUCUUAUCUAUCCGGUAUUCUUUAGACGCGAAGUUUAUUGCAAUCCAACGGUCUAAUCGCGAGAUACAGUUUUGGCAUAGAGAAACUGGGGAAACUUUUAGCCAGAGGUGCAGAUCAGAGUCAGAGAGUAUUCUGGGUUUUUUUUGGACAGAUUGUCCAUUAUGUGAUAUUGUAUUUGUAAAGACCAGUGGGCUGGACUUGUUUGCAUACAAUUCUGAAUCAAAAUCGCUUCAUUUGGUGGAGACAAGGAAAUUGAAUGUCUGCUGGUAUGUUUACACCCAUGAAAGUCGCUUGGUUCUUCUUGCUUCUGGAAUGCAGUGCAAGACCUUCAGCGGAUUUCAGCUUUCAUCUGCGGGGAUUAUUCGUUUGCCAAGAUUCGAGAUGGCAAUGGCUAAACCUGAGGCUAACAGUAAGCCUGUCCUAGCUGCUGAAGAUAUCUAUAUUAUUACGGUCUAUGGUAGAAUAUACUGCUUGCAAGUUGAUAGGGUUGCAAUGCUCCUCCACUCAUAUAGGUUUUACCGUGAUGCUGUUGUACAACAGGGUUCUUUGCCUAUUUAUUCAAGCCGGAUUGCUGUGAGUGUGGUCGAUAAUGUGCUGCUUGUUCACCAAAUUGAUGCAAAGGUCAUUAUACUGUACGACAUAUUUGCAGAUUCUCGGGCACCCAUAUCUGCCCCACUUCCUCUAUUGUUGAGGGGUCUCCGCAGAUUUAAUUCUUCUGCUUCUCGAUCUGGUAGGGAAGAUAGCGAGAGUUCAGAGGCUAAUGUUGUAAGUGGAAAUGAAACUGUCACCUAUGGAGAUGAAUGGAUUUUUCUUGUUCCCGACCUUAUAUGUGAUGUUGCUAGCAAGUGUCUGUGGAAGAUUCAUUUAGAUUUGGAGGCAAUUUCUGCUAGUAGCUCAGAAAUGCCAUCAGUACUAGAAUUUUUGCAGCGCCGAAAGUUGGAAGCCAAUAAGGCUAAACAAUUGUGCUUGGCAAUGGUAUGCACAGUUAUUCUAGAACACAGACCUGUGCCCAUGGUUGCCAGGGCAAUGGAUAUUUUGGUUACCAAUUAUUCUCACUCUAUCAAAACAGGCAGCUAUCUCAAGGGAAUAAAAUCUGAGAAGACAUCACCUUCUACUGUCCCACAUGUGAGUAGUCCUAGUGCUGUGGCUGAGGCAACUGCAAGUAGAGUAGGUUCACUUGAGAAGUCUGUUAAACAUGAAUUUGCUGCUGGUGUGGACAAUGAGCUCUUUAAUAGAUCUUCAACUUUGUUGAGUUCAGACUCUGAGGAGAAUGCCAGCGCUGAACCACAAAAGACCAAUUCAAGUGAUAUUCACUUUUUUUAUGGUAAAGUGGAUGGAGAAAAUUUAAUGGGUGCCGAAACUUCUGGUACUGAUGUUCAGCCGACAUCUUUACAACAUCAACUUCUUGGACCGAGUAACAAUGCAUUGAAUGCUAAUACGCCUGAGCAGCAGGAGGCUCAACUUACUUCGCCAGCAAUUUCACCCGAUGAGAUGUACAGCUUUGUCUUUGCUCCAAUUGAGGAGGAGAUUGUGGGAGACCCUUCCUACUUGGUUGCCAUCAUUAUUGAGUUCCUUCUCAGUGCUAAUUCAGAAAAGGUUAAAGUGCAUCCAAAUCUUUAUGUUUUAACCAUACAACUGCUAGCCCGCAACGAGCGAUAUGCAGAACUUGGACUGUAUGUCAUAAACAAGAUUGUUGAACCUUCUAAAGAAGUUGCAUUGCAACUCCUGGAGUCUGGUCGUCAGAAUAUCCAAACAAGGAAGUUGGGUCUGGAUAUGCUGAGGCUGCUUUCUUUACAUCAUGACUAUGUAUUGUUUUUAGUGCAAGAUGGUUAUUAUCUUGAAGCUUUACGUUAUUCACGGAAGUAUAAGGUUAAUACCGUCCGGCCUUCGUUGUUUCUGGAAGCAGCGUUUGCUUCCAAAGACUCACAGCAUCUAGCUGCUGUUCUGAGGUUCUUUUCGGAUUUUAUUCCUGGCUUCCAAAGCACUUCCGAUCACAAUACCUAUUAUCGCAUUCUCAACGAGAUGAACUCGUCCAUUGCUGCUUGAAGUUUCUGCCAAACGGUUUAAUGUUGGAAUUGCUGGUCAUUGUUACUCAUGAAGUGAUUAUGUUAUGUGCGGAUCCCAACACAGAACGAAAGGUAAGUCCUCGUAUCAAGUUAUUUUUCCAUGGACAUGGCUCGCAGUAAAUAAGAGUAAUUCCCUGAGAAAGUGACGUAAUAUGUGGUUGGAUUAAGGCAAGUAUUCAUUUCAACUUCACCACCCUCCAAAGGUCUAAAAAGAGAACAUGGAACAGGUUUACUGUGUUUGUCUACACUUUGUAAAGUUGGACAUGAUGUUCAUCGAUUAUGAAUUAUAAUAUUUCCACUACUUUAGCAAUGAAUUAUAGUAUGUAAUACAAAAAAAAAAAAA